AUGGAGCCCGUGAAGCAUGCAUUCUCGGAGCAGCUCCUGCGCGCCAAGAGGAGGGUGGCGGCGUCCUCCAAGUUCGGCCUCAGCGUCGGGGCCUCGCUCUUCUUCCUCGCUCUCGUGGUGACCGUUACUGUGAGCGUGACUCCCCUGUGUCUGGAGCUAUCCGGUUCCCCUGUUUCGCUCUGGCCCUUCUCUCCUUCGACCCCCGCCAACGCCACCCUCGUUUCGUCCUCUGCUCCGGCCGCGAACUUGACCACCGCCGGCGCCCGUCGUUGCUGCGGGAAUGCCACGUCGGGUGUCGGAAAGGUUUUGGAUAUCUUGGACGGAGAUUGCGAAGGACGGGUUUUGAACGCGACCCGUGAUGGGGCGAAUGUGACGAGAGAAGGUGAAACAGAGAGGGUGUGGGGAAACCCCGCGGGGGAUUCGAAAAAUAGAAGCUUGACGUUUCAUAGAUUAGUGGAUGAUCCUAAAGCGAGGCACGACGCGGAUCUAGGCGGGGAAGCUGUGGAGGUUUUUGAAAAUCAUGAUGAGGGUGGGAAUUUCUCUGUGGCCAGGGGAGGGAGUGUAUUGGGACAUCGUGGUGAGGAUUGUGAUAUAUUUGAUGGUAGAUGGGUAAGGGAUGAUUCGAAGCCGUAUUAUCCGGCGAAUUCUUGCCCUUAUGUUGAUAGGGACUUCAAUUGCCACCUCAAUGGUAGGCCAGAUGAUGGAUUUGUAAAGUGGAAGUGGCAGCCUAAUGGAUGCGACAUACCGAGAUUGAACGCAACUGAUUUUCUGGAGAGAUUAAGAGGAAGGAGGCUGGUCUUUGUUGGGGAUUCGCUGAACAGGAACAUGUGGGAGUCUCUCGUCUGCAUCCUCCGCCAUAGCGUCAAAGAUAAGAAAAGAGUCUACGAGAUUUCUGGAAGAAGCGAAUUUAAAAAGAAGGGAGUUUAUGCCUUCAGGUUUGAGGGGUACAAUUGUUCAGUCGACUUUGUUGGUGCUCCAUUUCUUGUUAGAGAAUCAUCUUUUAGCAAUGGGAAUGGGUCGUUUGGGACCUUGAGGAUAGAUUUGAUGGACCGCACAACACGAAUGUAUCGUGAUGCCGAUAUAAUAGUCUUCAACACAGGUCACUGGUGGACCCAUGAGAAGACAACUAGAGGGGAACACUAUUAUCAGGAAGGCAAGUAUGUGCACCCAAGACUCAAGGUCCUGGAGGCAUAUAAGAGAGCUCUCAGAACUUGGGCCAAAUGGAUAGACAAAAACAUCCACCAGACCCGAACGCAGGUUUUCUUCAGAGGAUAUUCAGUCACUCAUUUCAGGGGCGGGCAGUGGAACUCGGGAGGACAGUGUCAUAAAGAAACGGAGCCUAUUUUCAACGAGUCAUACUUGGAAAAUUACCCUUCGAAAAUGAGGGUGCUAGAGAAUGUGCUUCAAGAAAUGAGAACUCCGGUAACAUAUUUAAACAUUAGUAGACUUACUGACUACAGAAAAGACGGGCACCCUUCUGUAUACAGAACGGCUUACAGGACCGCGCAAGAACAAAUGGCCGCCGAGCAAUCCCAAGAUUGCAGCCACUGGUGCUUACCUGGUGUUCCUGAUACCUGGAACGAGUUGCUAUACGCUUCUCUGUUGAAAAUGGGGUGGGGAUCUCCAACAUAGUGAAACAGAGUGGCAUGGACAGCAUCUUUUUUCUUGAUAAUUUGUUGCUCUGUAACAUCUUUUUUUCUAAUUAGGAUCUUAGCAUUAGAUUGAUUUUGAUAGGAGUUCCAGUGUAUGUUCAGGGAAAUUCAACUCUACCCAGAUCGUAGGUUAUCCUUAAUUAAAAUUUUUUUUGGGGGUUUUUCACUCAGUUGAAAUGUACACGUAAAACGUUCCAAAAUGCCCGCAAGAAAUACAAAGCACAUCGAGUUUCUUCAA